AUGAACGAUUUUCUAGAGAGGUCGUUUGAAAUCCCCCCAGAGAUUUCGAGGAUGGUCAAGGCGCACCUGGAUUUCGACGAUGGGUUUUGGUGGACUGAAGACCUCGCCAGCUUUCCGCCAGCCAAUCCAACUCUAGCUUCCUUCUCCAAGGAUGCGGUUGACAGACCGCCCCCGAUUCUCAACGUUCUCGCAGCGAGCUGGAACAUGAUGGGUACGGCCUACAACUUCUGGCAGCUUCUCAAACUCAGCGGUGUAAUUUCGGGAAGCCGAGACGCUGAGGCUGCCAUGUACCCUAUAUUAUACCGUGCCAAGUUGCUUCUUCGAGAAACGCUCUUCUACGACCUCCAACAACCCGAUCCAGCAAUUCAAGGCGAGCCCAGUAACUCGACCUCUCACGCAUACUUUGACGAUGCUGACUCAUAUGGGCGCUUCCGUUUACUCUACAAUUGCAUGACGCAGUUCCUGCAAUCCUUCGACAGUUUGAUGCUGCGUCCUGGCGCUCUAGAACCCAAAGACUGGCUCGCCAUCUUCUUUGCACUCUGCAUUUUCAGCAUGGUCAAGACUAUCCUCGCGGACAGGGCGGCGGCGUCACGCUUCAAUUCAUCGCCGCAGCCCGGUAUACCAGCCAUGCAUGCUGUAUACAAAGCCUUAGUCAGCAUGUUUGCGUCGUCCACAAACAUGUUCUUAGACGGCCCAAGUGAUGUGGACAUGAACAGCGAUGAUCGCGAACUUUUGGUCUCAGUCGGAGUAUUCCUGGGCAGGAGGUCAUGGGCAGAGCGCGGUAUCUCCACGUCCAAAGAUUUUCUCAUGCUCCUCGGAAGCGGCGAGAGCGAAGGGGGUUUCUACAAUGGAUUUGUCAAGCAGCGAUCCCCAAUGAGAAAGGGAUCGUUGGUCCUACCACCUAUCACCAAGUCUGGGGAAGAAGCAAGGAAGCCUCUUCCGGACAUGCGGCCGCUUGCUGCUACUUGGGGGCCCCCGGUACACAGCCAACCGGACAGGGACAUAUAUGUCUUCAAGGGAGAGCCAGAUCGAAUGCUCACAUCACCGCAGGCUAUGGAGAAUCCGGCGAGGCGACACACGGUGGCAGGCAGCCCUACGUUCGUGAGGCAGGGCCCCCGGGUGCUAACGUCGCCAAUUCCGGCGCCCAGGAUACGAACCUCAUACCAGCGGCCGCCGCUGCGAAGAGUUUAUUGUACGAAAUGCAACGAGUAUCCAGAAGGGUUCCGAGGGGAACACGAGUUGAGGAGACAUAACGAUGCUAAACACGCCGCUCUGGUCAAGAGAUGGGUAUGCGCACAGCCAGCAGAACCUCCCAGCUCACCUCAGCCGGUAAUACCCCUGGCUAAGUGCAAAGCCUGCGUCACUCAGAAGCGCUAUGGAGCCUACUACAAUGCCGCUGCGCAUCUCAGAAGAGCCCAUUUCAACCCACAUCGCGGCGGCAAGGCCAGUGGAGACUGGCCGCCCAUGUCCAUCCUGAAAGAUUGGAUGCGCGAAGUCAGGCAGUCGAUCGAUGUGCAAGACCAAGAUGACGGGUCCAGCGGUGAUGACGAAGCACAGGACUACAAGUCAGUCCAGGAGUUUAUCUCGCCGCCACAUCGCCGGUCCCCUGUCUUAGAGACGCCGCGUCUUGCGCCGGCGCCUCCCGUACCUCCGCAAGCACACGGCCCGCCAUUACUUGCGCCGUCUCUUGACAGGAUCAACCCGGUUGGCCCGCCGCCUAUCAUCAUCCAGAGCACGCAGAGCGCCUUUCUCGCGCCCAUUCCGGCUGUUAAGAGCGAUGAUCCGCAGCAUGCACCGGGCUCCUCCUCAUCCGUCCGGAACCGCUGUCCUCACCCUGAAUGCGGUCGAGUCUUCAAGGAUCUAGCCGCCCACAUGCUGACUCAUAUGGAGGAACGACCGGAAAAGUGUCCUAUCGAGACAUGCGAGUACCAUAUCAAGGGGUUUGCACGCAAAUAUGACAAGAAUCGUCAUGCGCUAACACAUUACAAGGGCACCAUGGUGUGCCCCUUCUGCCCGGGGGCUGGGGGUCCCUAUGAAAAAGCGUUCAACCGGGCGGACGUCUUCAAGCGUCACCUGACAACCGUUCACAACGUCGAGCAGACACCGCCUAACAGCCGAAAAAUGAUCCUGACCACAACUGGACGAGCGGUUGGUGCCGGAGCCAAGUGCAGCAUCUGCCAGAGCCAAUUCGCCACAGCUCAAGAAUUCUACGAGCAUCUGGAUGACUGCGUUCUGAACGUCAUUGUUCCGUCGACACCCAAGACCGCUGGAAGCGGGAGCGGCAAUGCCAGCGCGAGGAAAGACUCAACCACAAGGACGCCGACGACAGCGAGUACAGAAAGGGGCAAGGAUCUGGAUACGGAGAUUGAGCCGCGGAACUCUCGCGAUAACGUACUGCCGCAGGCAUCCCGUCAGCAAGAUGUCAGCAUGGACCGGUACGAGCGCGAGCGCAGCGCGAGCGACGAGCAAAUGCGAAAAUUCAAUUCAUAUCCUGUUGCCGUCAAAGAAGGGGAGUCCAUGCAGGCUCAGCGGGAGGAACUACCCCCGGAUACGCAGGCACCACAAGCAUCCUCUCCUUCACCUCUUCCUCGUGAGCAUGGGGAGGCACCAGAUCAGAAACCGGAUCCAGAACAGAGGCUUAAAUCUGAAUCUAAAGCUGAGAUCCAAGUUGCUGUCCCGCGUCCAGAUGAAGAAGCGAUGGAGAUUGAGGCAGCAGAAUCAAGCAGACCAACAACUCAGCCCGAUCCGCCGUCCAACGCUGCGACCAUCGCCGAAGCGAAACGCCAAGUGAUGCGCCCGGAGGUCACGCUCGGCUCACCCGCACCGCCGGAUGUUAUGGACACGGAUUAG